AACGUUGGUGAGACCGUCGACGAGACGAACGCACCGCGCAAAGCCCACACAUAUGCACACACACAGACACGCGCGCACACACUGACAGACAGACAGACAGACACCACUCAGGCAACACACAGAACAGCGACUACGACAAUGUUGGUGGAGUGCAGCUGUGAAAAAUUGAAACAAAAGUGCUAAAAUUUGAUUAUUAACGGAAAACAAAAAAAUAUUCAACAUUUCCAACCAACGCAGAUUCCUCAAGAAGCUCGUCAACAUGGAUCGAGUGACAAAACCGCAAAAAAAAAUGCUCAUCACAUUGCUGCGCGAGACAAAAUACAUGGAGGGCAAAAAGGAGAAGGAAUGGUAUUGGGAGAAGAUCCAAGCGGCGCUGAACACCAUCGGCCCAAAGAAAACAAUCAUACAGUGGAAAAAGUGCUGGCGCGAUAUGCGUUUGACGACGCGCAAGAAGCUGGCGGAGCUGAAGCGUUGCCAACUGUCCGGUGGAUCACCGCCACCGGGCAUUGAGCUGAAUCAGGAGGAUAAUGAUAUUAUUGACAUUGUGGGCACCGAAUACUUUUACGAGGAGAUGAAUGGCGAGCUGAAGCCGGAGAAUUUUAUGACGGGUUUUGAUUAUGUGCCGGAGCACUUUUGUGAUGCCAUAUUGACGGCUGCUGCGGGUCAGCAGCAACAGCAGCAGCAGCAGCAUAUGCAACAUUCGAAGGAUCCGCAGUCGCACAGUGGUCAGCAGCAGGCGCAGGAUCAUCAUACCAAUGAUGGGGAGACAAACGAUGCGCCCGGCUCCUCCAAUGGUGGUUCGUAUCAGGGCCAGAAUGUCAGCCAACUGCAGUCGCACAACGGUGGCGGAGGAGGCGAACAUGGCAAUGGAAAUGGCACACAGCCGCAUCCCGGGAUGCCGCCGCAUCCAGCGUUUCAUGGCGGGCUACAUCCGCAUCUGCUGAGGCGCCAGCACACAAAUGCUGCACUGCAGCGCGAGACACCGUUCGAGGAGAAGCUGCUGCAGUUCAUGCAGGAUGCGUUCCCCAAGAAGAGUAAAAAGCGGAAGCAGCGUGAUCCUGACAAGCUCUUCCUCCUCUCCCUGUACGAAGAGAUUAAGCGCGUUCCCGAGGAAAUACGACUGGAUGUGAAGUCCGAACUGAUGCAGAUCUUGAAGAAGUAUCAAAAGAAAUCACCCGUUAAGGCGGAAAAGUCCUCCACAUCGACAUCUUCUGCAGUGGCCAAGCAGAGCAACAAUAGCAACAGCAGCAGCAGCUCUGCAUCCGCACAUCUCUCGCACGGCAUGUAUCAGCUGCAGAAGAAGUAUGAAAAGGCGGAGAAGGAGGCGUUGCCGCUGUCGCCCGUGGAUCCGGUGCCGUUGCAUGCACCGCAGCAGCUGCCACUAUUCCAGCUGCAGAAGAAGUACGAGGAGACCGCCGAGAAGGUGCAUCAGCAGCAGAACGAACAGCGUAAACUGGAGGCGGCGCAUCAGCAGCAGCAUGCUGCCCACCAGCAGCCGCCGCCGCCGUCAAAUGAGCAGCAUUUGCAUCAUCCGCAAAUGGCGCAUAAUAUCAUGUUCCCGCCGGCCCAGCAUCAUGCCCACAAUCCACACCAGCAGCAGCAGCAACAGCAGCAACAGCAACAACAGCAGCAGCAGCAUCCCCACCAGCAGCAUCAUCCGCCAACGAUCUUUGGCACACCCGCCAGUGCUGAUCGUCCGGCGAUGUCCUAUGAGAAUGUCGGGUGAAUGUUGAGCCGUCUGUGGGAAGCCACUUGUGGAGCGCGCCCUUCGACGGUGUCCCCCACGACGGCAGACGCGCACAACAGCUGUUAAGCAAUCAAGCACAGUCAAUCCAACUAGUAACUAGCCACCAGAACGAGAUCUGCUCGAAGACAGAAUGAGAAUUGGGUUCGGGUUCGGGAUCGAGAUCGAAAUCGGAAUAGGUCCUCUAAUGCCGGAACUGUGUGCAACAAUUUGUUUUAAACAUUAGGUUUAACAAACAAACGUAGUUUUAAUCCUUAUGCUAGCUUCUAUCAUGUAGCCAUGAAAUGAUCUUCAUGUAAAUGCCUUUGGAAUACGUUCUAAUUGGCGCAUCAUCAAUAAUUGCAUAUGUAUAUAGAUAAGAUAUACAUAAAAUUGAUUAAAAAAAAACAAACAACAUAUUGAAAUUGUGACAUUUAUUUUCAAUUACAAAACAAAUGAAUUUAAUAUAUGUAUACAAAAUACUAAAAAA